CUUGCGCACGUGUUGAGUUGAGCGCCUUCAGCUUCGCUCGUAAACAAAUUGUUAAAAGCUGAAAAACAAAGCAAUUUUAAAUAAAAGCAGCAUGCCGCCAGACAUCGAGAUCAUCGUGAGCACUUACAAUGAGUUCCUGCUGGGCUAUCAAGUCACGGCGCCGGAAGAGGAGGGCGAAAAGUCCAACAAACUCAAACUGAAGCAAACAUUUGCGGACAAAUCGCACGCCGGCUCAAUAAAAUCCUUGGCUGUUCAGGGUCCCUGGGUGGCCACCGGCGGAAUCGAUGAUCGCAUCUUUAUCUACGACAUGCGCAUCCGAAAGCAGUCCCAGAUCCUGCUCUCGCACUCUGGCACAGUGAACUCGCUGACCUUUUCCCCGGACCUAACGCACUUGCUCUCGGGCAGCGCCGAUGGCCAUAUGAUUGCCACACGGUUGGGCAGUUGGACCACCGAGGGCGACUGGCGCAAGGCCCAUGCCGGCCAGCCAGUCACCCACAUCAGCUGCCAUCCCAGCAGCAAGCUGGCCCUAUCCCUGGGCGGUGAUCAGGUACUCAAUACCUGGAAUCUGGUGAAGGGCCGAGUGGCCUACAAGACGAACCUGAAGAGCAAGAAAACACUGGGCAGUGCGCCGGAGUGCCUGUCGUGGUCCACGAGCGGUGAUCACUUUACAAUAAGCGGUCCACUUCUGCUGGAGAUUUGGGACAUCAAGAACGCCAAUGUGGUUAGGCGCGCGAAGACGCCGGGCAAGCCCGUCUGCGUCAGUUGGCUGGAUGCCAAGGAGUGCCUGACUGGCCUGGAGAACGGCAGCAUUGCCUGGAUUUCACUGGAGGACGGGGAGGACGGUAUAGAGGCAGCGCCAAAAAUCAUUCCUGCUCACGAGUCGCGGGUGAAGGCCAUGGCCUAUUUGAACGAAACACUGGCCACCGUCUCCAGCUCUGGUGAGAUCAAACUCUGGCGUUGUUGUCUCGAAAAACGAGAACUGGAGGAGCUGGCUAGCACCAACAUCGAUUGUCGUCCCACGGGCCUGGGUCUGCUGGAUCUCGGUCAGUUCGGCAAUGCCCGUCCCGAGGUGGAGCGCGUCAGUGUGUUGGACAAACCGGCGGUUAAAGCGCAGACCAGUCAGUCCGCGAAGGUACCGGCACCGCGGGGCUUCGUGACCAUUGAAUAUGAGCAGGACGAAAAGACGGAAGUUGAAACGGAACCUAAGAAAAACACAAAAAAGAAGCAGCCCAAGAAGGCGGUACCAAAACCGGAGGAAGAGGAAUCCAGUGAAGACAGCAAUUCGGAUGAGGAGGACGACAGCGAGGAGCUCUCAGACAGCGACAGUGACGCCUCCAGUGACGCUGGUGAACGGCGAAGGAAGCCUACCAAGAGGAAACAGCCGCCAGCCACACCACCCUCCCAGCGCAAGGGCAAGCAGCAGAGAAAGAAAUAAUGACUUGAAUUAGUUAAUUGUUUGACUUUACGAUAAUAUGACUGUCAAUAAAGUUGAGUUAAUCAUA